AUGGUGCAAGAAAACAGUGACAAUGUGUUCGAAAUGGCCAAUAUAAGCAUAAAUGUAAUGUUACCUCCCGAUUAUAUUAUCUUAAUGACAGGCCCUUGUUCUCAAAAAUGGAGACGAAUUAAGGUCUGCUGAUCUGGAUGAUGGCUGUUUUAUAUUCACUGUGACAAGUCAGAAUAUUCAAACGGAAAAUGGAAAAUGCACAAUUCGGAGAGUGAGACUAUUCAGAAGAUGUUUUAACGAUAACUAUGAGUAAGUCGCCCGUAUUCAUAACAUAUAAAACAUCCAGGAUUUCCGGCAUUAUUCUUGAAGAGAAUGUGAUCAACAGGGAUAAUCAAUGCUUCAGUCUUAGAGUAAGUUACUCAACCAAUAAACUGCAACACUCAGGCAACCCCAAUGUCAGUUUCUGGUAAUUGUUUCAUCAAAACCACAAAUUUUACUGUUCCUUUGGAUGUAAAAAAGACAGAGAAUGUUACUGAAUUAAAUGGAUGUUUCAUUUUUGAAAAAGAUAUGAAUGCAACCCUCUAUUGUGGCCAUACCCAAACCAGCCCAAUAUCAAUUACAAGUUACAAACAAUUGAUAAUUCAUAAUAUAGAAGGACAAGUUAGGCUCAAUACGACUAAUCCCGUCCUUAAGGUAAGCAAAGGGUGGCGUUUUAGAUCAAAGCCCAUCUUCAGAUGAGACCAGGAAUGUAAUUUAUGGCGUCUCCCGAAAAUCCAAAUAAACAAUCAAAUAAAAUGCCUUUUCAGAUUCCUUUCUCCUUCGAUAUGCCUCCAAAAAUCGUUUUUUCUUUCGAUUUCCUCGCCUUUUGUUUGACGGGUAAGUGAGAGUGCGCAAAAUAGAGAGGGUGCGAGGAAGUGACAGAGUCCUGAAAAGAGUUCUCUUGCCUUUUCUUCUCGCUCAAUACUUUCCUCAUUUCUUUUCCAAAGAAUCUUUUGUUUCGGCCGUUUUACCAUAAAGCAUGGGGCGCGCGAUGAAGGUUUACCAUCUUUCGGCUGACUUGUCGGUGAUGCCAACAUUAUCAGAUACUGAGCGCCAAAUAAAUUCAAAGUUUUUUUGCAGAUGACAAUGUAAAAAUUUCUGGAACGGGUGGGGGCAAAGGUGUUAUCUGUGAUUUCAAUAACUCCAGAGUGACUGGGAUGCAUAAUGUCUUUGUUAUAAGAUCGUCUGAGCUGGUGGACGUAACGUUAAAAUAUCAAUCUCCUAUUCAAAUUUAUAUCCCGAAUGUCAGUCCUCAGAUCGAAGCCAGAGUUAAAAAUGACCUGGAUAGUGUUGAAUUGGUAGUGUACCCGACAGAAGUGACUAAUCUUACGUGUUCCUGGAGUGAUUCGGUCAAUUUUUUGAGCGGCAACUGUAAUGACACUGUCAAAAGAGCAGACUUGUCUGAUGUAAGCGCAAUUUCCCUUAGAUUCAUUUUGCAGUCCUUGUUGACAAUGGAAGGGUGUACCCAAUCCGGCUGUACCAUACAAACCAUCAGAGUUAAUAUUCCCCCGAAGAUUAGUCUUAAAGUCGACGUUUAUGGAAUACCAGAAACUCCGGUGUCGAGUAAUCGAAUAGUCUUAUAUUCUGGUGUCUCUUUGAAUGGAUACAAUGACUCGUUCACACUCAACAACAUCAAGGUAGUUUUUGAUGACUACCUAAUUUUUUCUUUAGUAUUCCUGGUAUUUAAAUUCGACAUUCAAAGCAAAAACCCAGACAUUUAUCAUCAAAGGGAACACAUAUAAAGGUGGUGAUAAAGUCACAGUAAUCCUUAAUGUAACCGCAAAUUGUAAUGGAGUAACUGGGAUAGGGAGAGCCAGGAAGAUCAUACAAGUAAGUGGCAGUGAGAAAGAUACGAUCGUUUUUAGUAUGCUCUGCAGCCGUUGGUGGCCAUAACUGAUAGUUAUCAAAGAUCUUUAUCCCAAGGCGAGAAUUUGUAUAUAGAUGCCUCAAAAUCUUAUAAUCCUAACUGGCCUGAGUCCGUGCUGAGACACCAAUGGACUUGCUAUGAUUUCACUAAGGAGGGAUUGUGCAAAUUAGAUGAUACAAUUGUUUAUAACCAGUCCUACUUGACAGUCGAUGCAUCAUUUCUCUACCCCGGUCAAAGGUAAUAUUGAUACAUAAGACUGAAUAAAUUGAAAUGGUAUUUAGAUUGAAAUUCAUUGAUUACAUCUCCGAUAAACCCCUUAACUCAACUUUGUCCACUAUUGUGACCAUCCAACCUCGCAAUGCUCCUACUGUAACUUUAUUGCCAUCUUCUCAAGUGUUUAUAAAUUUUAUCGAUUCGAUCAGAACUCAGGCCUUUGUUCAAUCUUCUGGUGGCCAUCUGGAUACUGAAUGGCAUCUCUUUGAGAGUGACAGUAAGUAUGUUGCAUGGGUUUACAUUUAUAUUAGCCAACAAGAGUAUCGAUAUCUCAAAACACUUCCCCAAUACGAAACGAUCUUUUGAUGACACUGACCCAAAACAAUCCAUCCUAUUAUCAUUCACGUUAACACCUGGAUCUAAGUAAGUCUAAUUUAAAAUAAAAACCGUUCAGCAUUAUCCUCGGAUUGUCGUCAAAUAAAUCCUAUGUGAUCCGUUUGUUGGCUAAGAACUCGGCUGGAAUUGGUUGGGCUGAUAGGAUUCUGUCACCAAAAUACAUUCCUUUGAAGCUCGAGGUGGAGGUCUCAGCCGACGAUCCCAUUUAUGCACUGGAGACACCUGUUACAUUGGAAUUGGUGAACAAGUCGAUUAAUCUUUCCAAUUCUUACAUUCGAUUUGGAAUCCGGAGUCGGAGUGUGGGGAAUGUAACGGCUGAUCGAUGGAGUCGGUUCUCGGCCUUGAAGAAGUACACAACGUAUCUCCCUUCUACCAUCGGCGACAAUAAUAACACGAGUGAAUGCAGUACUAGGGCCUCCUAUCAAGGACUGGUUGAAUUGUGUGAUUUCAAUGGUUACUGUAUUCGUGGCGAGACCCAAGAAUUCAAUGUAAUGUCAUCACGGAACUUUGAAAAAGCCUAUGACAACAUUAUGAAGAUGAUAGAUACGGAUAUGGAAAGUGGGGCAUUGCACAAUGCGAUUGACAAGUUGUUGGCCGUUUAUCAAGAGAACUGUACGGCCGAAGUGAAUAAAGAAAUAUUCGAUACUCUGGCAUCCAAAAUGAUUUCACAGAUCUCGUCGUCCAGGUAAAAUACUCGUAUUUUCCUUAAGUUUUUUUAGCGAUAUCCUCGAAUUAAUGGAAGGAAUGCAGUAUCUGAAUAAUGUGAUUUUGUGGUCAUCUCCGGGAACAAUGACCAAGAUAUCUGAAAUCUCAUCCAAAGUGAAGUAUAUUUUAGGAUUAGAGAGCAAAAAUGGGAAAAAAAGAGAGAAAAGAAAUGCCGAUCUGAUGACGGCUAUGGCAUUUGGAAGUGGCUCAAGAAUUUCUGAGGACAUGGUAAAGGGGAAGAUCAUAUUGAUUGUGUUGGUUUAGGCAGACGAAUUACUUCGGGCGUACGAUCUCUUGAUAAGUAAAAAUCAACAAAGUGAGACCUUGUAUUUGAGUAACAUCGACGACUUGCUGAGCGCCUUCUGUGUUCAGACUGAUUCCAAUAAUAUGAUGGAAGCGUCUGGAGGCAAAUAUACUGACAUUAAAUUACAAGCUCUAAUGCCGAGUUACGACUCUUUUUUGAAUGAUUCUUAUACUUUGGCUGGGAAUUCGGGAGAUACCGUAAGUCAUGCGGAGAGUACAGUAAUCCUUCAGAUUGAGUUCAAUUCCAAUUUUAAAGUGAGAUAUUCGGAGUGGAAGUGCUCCAAUGGGAAUGUGAGCUGUUCCGAGAUUUGUUUGGGAUCCGCUCAAGUUAAGCAAGAGAUCUUUGAUGACAAUGAAUUUAUGAGGAGUGCCUUCACUUCCCCCAUGACGUCAUCUACUACAAUUUAUGAUCUGGUCUCUGAUCUGUUUCGGAUUGUUUUUAUGGAUCCAAUUAAUGGCCAGGACGUUCAGAUGGAGAAUUAUAUCCAAUAUACGGUCCAGAUUCCCAUGAUCAACUACUCAGCUGCUCUAUAUUACAAGGUGAUUGUCUUCGUCAACACAUUAAUACUGUUUCAGUGCUUUAUAUAUACGGAUUCUUGGAACGGAGAUCUCUGUUUAACUUCUAAUUAUGCUCACAAAUCAUCGGAUUCUGGGUAUUUAAUGCAAUGCCAAUGCACCUCGAAUGGCUAUAUUGGGUAUGUGAAUGUUAUUAAUGUUGGCCUUGAGUUUAUUUUACUGUAUGCUUAUCUUAGAGUAUUCAAAACUGCCCCUUCCACUCCUACUUAUAUGCCCUUUUACAAUGAGAUUUCUUUGGAAUUUAAUACGGUAAGUUUUGUUUUUUCUUUUACUUUUUGAAGACUCAACAAGGAGCCUGCACAAUCGAUGAAUCGAAGAUGGCCAUGGACAAUCUGGCCUCUACGAUCUCGGUGGAAGAGAACAGAUUUGUGAAUAUAACUUCUUGUAAUGAGAAUGGGACUUUCACAGCCAUCCUAAGACCAGCCCUGAAGCAGAAUCAGACCUCUAAUAGUUAUGUGGUUCAAUCAAUUAGGAAGACGGUUCAGCAACCUGGAGGGUUUGUGGCCGGGGUUAACUUUACCAUCAAUAAUGUGACCAUUUUCAUUGUUGCGAGAGGUGUGUUUGGACUGUAAUUUAAUUAUAUUUUAGAGUUAUUUAACGAUGGCAAUGCUCGAAGAUUAAGUCUGAGGAUAGAUAAGACCUUGAAGGAGGUGGCCCCGAGCCAUCCAGAUCUGGUGGCCCAACAGUGGAUCCAGAGUAUGGCCACGAAUAUGAGGAUCUCCGAAUUCAGAUUCAAAAAUUACGCAAUCUUAAUGGGUAAGAUGAUAAUGUUUCCUUUGUUAAUUUUAAUUAUCUAGGUGUAAUGUUUAACUUCACAAUCACCCUUCCAUUCCCUGGAGAGAUUAGUGAGGAGAGAGAUCUGAGCGCGGAAGUGAUCUCAUUGAUUAUCCAAGAACAGAUCGAAUACGAUGAACUGCAGCUUUGUGACAGUGAUGGUCAGCCAUUACCCAUUGAUCCUCUUACUGACAUCUACCAAUUGGUGGUUGCUGAACAGUUGAACACUCUUGUCGUAGUCCUGGGAGUAUUUAUUACACUUACAGUAACUUUGGGAGCAAUCUUGGCUGGUGGUUUGGUGGUGAUUAAGGUCAGAACUGACAAGUUAAUCCAAGCUCACAACAGAGAGUUCGACGAACAUAUGAAUCACGCCUCAGGGCCCAGUGAAACCUAUGAUGACCAGCAUGCGGAAACUCUGUUCUUCAAAUAA